AACAAACCAAAAGAGGGGAAAGACCACUUUUUGUAGCUCUUGGUUCUUUAAUAUACAGCAGCUACUAGAAACAGUUGAUCUGUUGGACUCAAGUGACACCUGGAUACAUGGAAAAGAUAAAUGACAGUGAUGGUACCCCCAGCAGCAGUCAACAAACCCUAAAAGGAACCUCAAGAUGGACCGCGUCACUAGAGAACCUUCUAGAAGAUCCAGAAGGCGUGAAGCGAUUUAGGGAAUUUUUAAAGAAAGAAUUUAGUGAAGAAAAUGUUUUGUUUUGGUUAGCAUGUGAAGAUUUCAAGAAAACGCAAGAUAAGAAACAGAUGCAAGAAAAAGCAAAAGAAAUUUACAUGACUUUCCUGUCCAGUAAAGCUUCCUUCCAAGUCAACGUUGAAGGGCAGUCCCGUCUGAAUGAGACAAUAUUGGAAGCACCUCACCCACUAAUGUUCCAAAAGCUGCAGGACCAGAUAUUCAAUCUCAUGAAGUAUGACAGCUACAGCCGCUUUUUGAAGUCAGACAUAUUUUUAAAACAUAAGAGGGCAGAGGAACAAGAAGAGAAUUCAUCCGAAGCUCAAACCAUAGCUAAAAGAGCUUCAAGGAUUUACAACACAUGAUCCAAAGAAACCCAUUCAGACAAGCAACAAAAAAUAAACUAAAACUCUCAGGAGCAGUCUGACUGUUGCAUUUAAGGCUUGAAAAGCACAAAACCCUUUUAGGGGAUAUUUACUUUCUAAUUGCUUGAACAACUAAUUGUUUUUGCAUGAUGGCUAACACCAAACACUCUUGAAAAGAUCAUUUUGUAAGCUAAAAUGCUGAGAUAUCCCUAUGUAGCAUGAAUUACAUCCUGUAUUUCACUAAUUAAGAUGUUUUCCAAUCACUGUAUUUUGUGAGCAAUCACAAACAUGAGAAAUGAAAGAUAGGGUUGCUUUUGCCUUUUGAUUUUAUAGCUAUCCUGUGUGUACAUUUGUGAAUUAUUGUGAGACAAAGCAGAGUAGCAUUUCUGAUAACUCUGUGGAUGAGUCACCCGUUGAUUACCAUUAAGGAGCAGUAUCAUUUAGGGUUACUUCUAAUAAAAUCCAGUUUCAGUCCUCCCAAA